UUCAUUUGAGCACGCUCUUCUAUUGUUUUUUAGUUUGAGUAAUCUUAACGCUUAAUACUUAUAAGAGUACAAACAAUAUUCUCAAAGGUUCGCUGUGUGCUGGUGAUGGGUAGCGACUUAUUACACUUAUAUUCUGAACAUGAGCCCAUUGAUGCUAUACAGUGUGACCAGAAUAAAGCUUUCCGCUCAAAUCUUGGACGGUUUUAUUAACUUAUAUUUAGCAUUGACGCGAAGAUGAGAUAAUAAUAGUUUCCCAAAUAUGUGUUAAUCAAAGGUUUUUUUUUCUUAUGUGCGGUCUAGCCUCUGUAGACAAGAUAUCGCACUCUCAAAAGAUUUGGUUAGAUUCUAGGUUUUUAUUCUUUUAAAAGUGUACAUGGAUAUGGUAUAAACGGAAAAAUAUGGUAUAAAUGUAUUUUCCAAAGUACUUGUAUAAGGUAAAAAUUAGACUACUCGACUGUGGUUCGAUUUAUUUGAAGCUAUAUAGAGAAUUUGUAAUGCAUAACGUUCCCAUUUCUAUUUGAAAUAGUUUAAAUAUUCAUUGUGGUCGCUUUCGUUGCUUCCAUAGUGUAAAAGAAAGAAUGCAAUAAGAUAUUGGUUCGAGUAUAAAAACGCAAUACAACCGUCGUCGUCGUUGACAACUUUAAUUUUACUAUUUCGUUUGUCAUCUUAGUAUUGUGUUAUUCAGCAAUUAUUUUUUUUCGUUAAAAAAACAAUUGGUGGCUUAAUAUUUUUGGAUUGUUGUCAUUUUCUGCGUACCGUUUUGGCCGAUUGGUGUUUGUGUGCGUCAAUCGGCAUCAAUCCGUUCUCGUCAUUUGAUGAUGACUUCAAGACUAAAGCCAACGUACUCGGAGAAGCUUGAAAAGAUCAACUCGAUGCGUUGGCCUAACAGACGACACGACUAUCGUUUAAGGGAAGCGCUUUAUUUCUGGUUGACCGUGCCGGAUAAUUUGGAUGUUUCGGUGCCAGAGCCGAAUUCGACCGACUUUGAGGUGAUCCGGACGCUGUCUGACGAGGAAAAGUACCCGAGCAGAAUGAGCCGAUCGCAGCGGAGGAAACUGAACAUACGCAAGCGCAAGGGCUGCAACCUUUAUAUGGAAGCCAAACAAGAACUGUGGAGGGAGGCGGCACGCGUCGACCUAUUCCGGCAACGCGUGUCCAACGUGUACGGCCUGGAACCGGAAGACGUGUUGCCGGUAGUGUUUCGCGACGAGUUGGGCAACACGUUCUUCGCGGCGCUCAAUGAGAACACCACGGACGCCGACGUGUUGCGUGCCCGGAUAUAUAGGUUCAGGAAGCUGGUCCGCAGGCUGAGGUUGUCGCAAGGGGCGGCGUUGCGGGCCGUGUGUUCAACCGAAAUUUUCGUCAUACUGAUCAACCAGGUGUGGGAAGCUGUCGGCCUGAAAACGGAACAGUACCUGCUCAAGAUGGUCGAAGUGACCGCCAUGUGCAUGUCGUUUAUCGAGAUGGCCGGGCUACUGCACGACCCCGUGUUCAUCACUAUGAGCGGCCAUCUGGACAAAAAGCAAUUGCACAUGUUUGAAGCGCUUGACGCCGUCUCGCAAGAAUACUCGUACGCCAACAAAUACUUGCGGUACGACCUUUACUUCAACGAAAACCACAAGCCCGAAAACUGGUCGGCCAUCUCGCUUACGGAACACUCCCAGAGGACGUUGGCCUUGUACUUCAACGACUCGUGCAUUUACUCGCCGCAUAAUCCGGACGACGCGUGGCGCAUCACCAUUCCGUAUUUGGGCUUCACCCUGGUCGACUGUAUCAAACACAGCGUUGUCCACAACCGACUGCUGUUAGACGCGUACACGUUGUUCACGUUGAGCGUGUGCGAAGAAGAGAUGUUCAAGCACAGCGUCGUGCCCAAUGAAUUGGGCAAUGUCUACAUCAUAUUUGAUGGUUCCACGCCUGCCCACCGUAUUUCGUACAUCCUAACCACAGCGGCCUCGUUGGCCGACGAGUUUCUGCACGACCCCCGUUGCCGAGGCCUAAAUCGCCUCAUGCACUUGGUCAUGAACUUCAAGGUGCCUGGUUAUUUUUGUGCAAAUACAACACCCUGGUUAAGUUGUACAUAAAAUUGCUUGAAUUUUAUCGACAAUGCCUACAAUAGAUCUAUUUAUUUAUAUAACGGAGUUUAUAUUAAUAUUAUGCUAUAGUAUUCCGCCCAUAAGCUGAAAUCGUGGGAGUGGGUGUCUUAUGAGGUGUUAACCCAAGAAUAUGAAUAAGGAAUACUCAAAUGGUUCUGUAUUAUCAGCAAUUCUAAUAUUCACUGUACAGUUUUUAGAUUCAUCAUCUACUCUUUCUGUUCAUAAGUAUGUCUCUUUAAUUAAACGCUACUCAGAACCCGUUGAAUACUUGUACCCACAAAUGAUAAAACUUCAUACAAAGUUACAUUAAGAAGCUAUCUAAAAUAAUUUUUAAUUUUAUUUAGAUUUUCAUUUUGUGUUGGUUCUAAACGUUGUCAACACACGUAGAUCCUGCUAUGCUUACAGUAUCUGAUCUAGCUAAUGUUUUGUACUAUUUUAUACGUAAAAAAUCAAUUUAUUGGCAACACUACAAUCAUCUGCAUAGUACCUGCAAAACCCAAAUAACUGGACUGAUAUUAUAGUCUAAGUAUGAUGUUCAUUAGUAAAAUCAUCCAAGAUAUUGAGCGGAUCGCUUUAUUAAACUACCUUAGUAGAAAUUACAAAUGGGAACAAACGUCUCAGGUACUUCCUACGCCCUACUAUUAUUGUUUUACGUAUGAACAAGUGUAUUUAGUUACAAUCGAGAUCAGUCAAUUCAGUCUUCUAAUUAUGUCAAAGAAGGGAACUGAGGCUCAAUUUAACUGGAUCCGUGUUCAGUAAAAUUACCUACAGUUGUAAUUUAAUUUUAGUGUUGGCAAGGAGUCGCCGAAUUGAGUCCUUGAUCAUUUUCGUAAUUUCUGCUUAGGUGAACUAAAAUCACCUUGCAUUUAGCUGGGUCUAUAACUGUUUGUGUUGUGUCUUAAUUGUAUCUUGUACUUCUUUGCUCGCGUGUCCUAAUCUCGUUGAUGGUGAUUGCAUGUCAUCUCUUGUGCUGCCUGGUAUGCCUUCCA